AUGAGCAUCCCGUCGGCUUCUAUAUUAGUCAAAGACGUCGUUAAUUUACUGCACGAGAAAGGAGAAAAAUACACGAGGAAAGCAGCAAGCGAUGAAAUAAACGGGCUUGUUUCAGAACUAUCUUUGCACCAGAAAUUAGUGGAAGAAAUUGACAAGGAACAACGAAUUCAUGAUUGGUUGACAGAAGUAGAGAAAAUCUGUUAUGAUAUGGAAGAUAUAAUGGUUGAAAACCAAAGCAAGAAUACUGGCUUUCUUUCUCUCGAAACCAUCAAAAGGUGGUUUUUCUCUGAUGUAGAUGAUGAUUUUCCGGGGCAAAUUUCCAUGCUCAGAAAAAGGAUCAGACACCUGCUGGGAGUCGGGGAGCUUUUGUCACAGGGCAAGCAAAACAACAGGCCUCCCCUGUCUUCUGGUUUACGCCAGAAAAAGGAUUUUGUUGCUGUUGGAUUAGUCAAUGAGUUCGACUUCCUUUUGAAUCGGAUUCUUGAAUUGAAAUCGGAUUCUUUUUCCCCCAACGUAAUUUCCGUGGUGGGCAUUGGCUGCUUGGGAAAGACAACCCUUGUGAGAAGAUUAUAUAACCAUGGGUCAUUGCAUCGCCAUUUUGAAGCUUUUGCCUGGGUUUCAUUGGGCACUUUGGCACAGCGCGACUUUGACCAAUUGUGGGGAGCUUUAGGUUCCAUUCUUAUGCAACUUGUACCGGCCGCCAACGAGAUGUUGAGAAACUAUUCGCUGUUGCACGGGAUGCUAGAAUUUAUUGUGAAAAGAUGCAAAGGCAUACCAUUGGCCAUUACUGUGCUUGGAAGCUUGUUGGCAACAAAGCAGACAUCAGGUGAGUGGAAGGCAGCUCUUCGUGCUAUGGAAUUGUGCAACGUCCAUCAAGAAGAUAGUUUGCAACUGUUAGAACUGGAAAUUUUAUCUUUAUGUUAUGACAACAUGCCACACCAUUUAAAGCUUUGUUUCCUUUAUUUGGGCCUCUUCCCUGAGCAACCAAGCAUAGAGGCGGAAACACUAUACCAACUGUGGAUAGCUGAAGGCUUUGUAUAA